AUGCUACGGGUGACGUUUGGGUUGGCCCCAUCGUCAUACCUUGCCACGCGCUGUAUGCAGCAGCUGGCGCAGGACGAAGAGGUGUAUUCACGUGCGAAGGAAGCACUGUUGCGUGACUUCUACGUGGACGAUUUCAUCGGCGGAGCGGACUCCGAAGAAGAAGCGCUGUUGUUGCGGCAGGAGCUGGAGCAGCUGUUGCCGAAGGGUGGAUUUAGGCUGCGCAAGUGGGUGUCAAACGCCACAGGGGCGUUGGCAGGGCUGGCUGCGGACGAUUUGGGUACGCAGACCACGCUCAGUUUCGACCAGGAGCAGGUGAAGACGCUGGGAAUAAACUGGCAGCCAGGGCCAGACGUUCUCGGCAUCGAUGUCACGGGUUUGUCCGUGAAUGGGCAAUGGACCAGACGGAAGGUCUAUUCGGUCAUUGCCCAACUUUGGGAUCCAACUGGGAUCACUGCUCCGGUCAUUUCGUGGGCCAAGAUUCGAAUGCAGCUGCUGUGGGUCGCGACUCAAGGCUGGGACGACCCAUUGAGACCGGAUUUGGCCGGGAGGUGGACUGAGUUCUACCAGCAGUUGCCGGAGUUGUCGAAGAUUUCGGUCGACAGGUGCGCUUUCGUGGAAAAUCCGGUCCAUGUCGAGUUUCAUGUGUUCGCGGAUGCGUCCGAAGCGGCCUACGGAGCGUGCAUCUACGCUCGAUCGAUCAGCCAGUCGGGGCUGGUCAAAAUUUCGCUGUUGGCGGCCAGUCGCGCCCCGCAGGGUUGA